UGUAAAUAUACUCGUCAGACCAUGUGUUGUUUAAUUAAAUAAAAAUUUAAGGUGUUUCUUUUUUUGUUAGACAAAAAAAAAAUUAAAUAGUUUUGUGAUAGUGGUUAUGCUGGUAUUAUCACGCUCGGUUGGAUCCCUCGCUUGGCUAACAAAGAAAAAAAUGCAGAAAAAAAUUGGCCGGUGACGAGCUGCAGUGAUGCUGUUGGCUCAAGGUACUUCAAUAGCGACGAUCGCCGGCGUCGUCGAAGAAGAGGAAUAUGCCAACAGUGAAACAAACAGUGGUCGUUAUGCUGGUUACUUAACUGAUCACACAGAUUUAGGAUCAGAUAUUGAUAUUGACGAAUCUGAAUACAGACGUCAAUUACUCAAUGACAAAUGGCGAAUGUUGUUUGAUCGAUUUGAUCCUGAAGGUUUUGGUGAAAUUCCUCGAAAUGAUUUUCUUCAAGCACUAACAAGUGCCGAAUGGAUUAAUGAAAUUCCAGCAAAUAAACGAGACAUAUUGUUAACUAGAGUAAAGGAGUCUCAUCUAAACUCUGUUACAUUUCAAGAUUUCGUCAAUGUGAUGAGUGGAAAGAGAACGAGAAGUUUCAAGUGUGCUGUUCAUCAUCGUGACAGAGAAGUUAGCUCAGAAAAUGAUUUUCAUUUAUUAAUUCAUGAACCACCCCUUUUCCACAAGAUGGUUCGUAUGAUUGGCGAUGAAUUUCUUACUGAAGAAAGGGACCGUAAAUAUUACGCAGAUCACUACACAUGUUGUCCACCGCCACUCUUCAUUAUCCUCAUUACACUUGUCGAGUUGGGUUUUUUCACAUAUUACACAGUUGCAAUGGGUGAAGUUAAUCCAUCUGGACCAGUACCAAUUGACAGUGUCUUCAUAUACAGACCAGAUAAACGUCUUGAACUUUGGAGGUUUGCAUUCUACAUGUUUCUUCAUGCUGGAUGGCUACACCUGCUUUUUAACCUGGGGGUACAGGUGGUCGUUGGACUUCCCCUUGAAAUGGUUCAUGGAAGCCUGAGGAUUGGUGCUGUCUACAUGGCUGGAGUUUUAGCUGGUUCACUUGGUACAUCAGUAUUUGAUACAGACGUUUAUCUAGUCGGUGCAAGUGGUGGUGUUUAUGCACUUUUAGCUGCUCAUCUUGCAAAUGUAUUAUUAAAUUACAAUAACAUGGAGUUUGGAAUUGUUCGACUUAUUGGUAUCUUUAUUAUUGGUAAUUUAUAUCAACUAUCUUCUUGA